AUGAGGCAUUCGUGGAUAUCAUUGGCCUUCAUCUGGCUAGCUGCCCAGGCUGUUCUGGCUUUUCCAGCGUCAUUCGGUGCAAACGAGCAUAGCAGCGAUGCCAAUACACCGACCAUUCGAUCUGAUACAGACUCAUCUGGCUCGGACUUCUUUCUCGGAUCUGAUAUUCUUGGUGGCGACGGAGUCAGUGGUGUCUUGCGUAAUCUUGGCGACACCGUGAUCCGAGUGGGUCAAGGUCGACAUCCGGAAUCUCAGGCUCUUGGGGCAGACCAUCGCCACGAGUACGAGAACGAACGUGGGCACGGACACCAAGGAAGGCUGGACCGAGAGCACGGCAAGGGUCAUGGCGGUUCUUACACCAGCGGUGACGACCGUUACCACGGCAAACCAGGCAAGUGCAAGGAGCGCGACUUCACCCCGCGCACGCGUCAUUUCGACUGGACAGUGACGUAUGGCUCUCAAGCACCCGACGGCUUCCUCAAGAAGCGCAUCUUGGUCAACGGUCAAUCUCCCGGCCCAACGAUCGACGCCAACGAGGGCGACACCAUCGUCGUCCGAGUCCGAAACCUCCUCGACCAGGGCACCUCCAUCCACUGGCACGGCAUGUUUCAGAACAGCACGCCCUUCAUGGACGGCAUCGCUGGCUUCUCGCAAUGCCCCAUCCCGGCCGGUGGCGAGCUCACCUACCGCUUCAAGAUCCAGAACCAGUGCGGCUCGUACUGGUGGCACAGUCACUCCAAGAUGCAGUACACCGACGGUCUCUAUGGGGCGCUCAUUGUACACUGUAGAAACGCGCCGUACAAGAAGUGCCGCGACUACGACGACGAACGGAUCUUUAUGUUUGCCGACAACUACCACGACUUUGCCGACUCGAUUGUCGAGCAGCUGCUCUCAGCGCAGGGGUACAACGGGACUGCUGCGGCGCCUUCUCCGCAGUCCGGGCUGAUCAACGGUCGGGGACAAUUCAACUGCGCUGCUCUGGCACGAGCGAGGACCAAGCAGCCAGGCACGCCUGCUAGGUGCACUCAGCUCGCUGCCCCUAAGAUGAAGAUCGAGCCGAACAAAAGAUACCUCUUCCGUUUCAUCAACACGGGAUCUCAUGCGCAGCACAUCAUCUCGAUCGACCGGCACGAGAUGUACGUCGUCGCUGCAGACGGUACGCCGGUCAAGAAGCACAGAGUCCACCGCAUCCCCAUCCACAACGGGCAGAGGCACGAUGUCAUCGUCCGCACGAACAAAGGUCAGGACGGGGACAGCUUCCUCCUCCGCUCGACCAUGAUGACUUCGUGCUUCUCGUUCGUCGACCCCUUGCUUGACCCGGUGGCCAACCUCACGCUGCAGUACCACAAGCCCGGAAGUCGAGUCCAUCCUCGCGCACCCAUCCCGCGCGAUUGGAAAGAUGCACUUGGUGGCCUGUGUCGAGAUCUCAACGACUCCGAGCUCGUUCCUGCGGUCGACACCUCCGUCCCUGCGAACCACAACCUCGCCUCGCUCGGCAUCUUCAAUUCUCAAUUUGGCAACCUGCAGCUCGCCAACGGCACCACCCUCGGCCGCUUCUUCAUCGACGGCGUCACCCAGACCAACUACGUCAACCGACCGUAUCUCGAGGUCACCCACGCUGGGCAGCGGAUCAAUUCCUCUACGAUCGCCUCGCUCGUCAUCCCGGACGACAUCUGGGUGGCUGACUUCAUCAUCAACAACGAAGACACGUUUCUCGACCAUCCGUUCCACCUGCAUGGGACGGACAUGCACGUUGUCGCCCGCGGGAUGGGCAGGAUGUCGCAAGCCCAAUGGGUGGCCUUGAAUCGGAACGGCCGCGCGCAAGGGGCACGCGCGACUGGAUUGAACCUGCGCAACCCGCUCCGGAGGGACACGAUCACAGUGACGAGAUCGAGCUACGUCGUGGUGAGGAUCAUCGCGGAUCUGCCUGGCGUGUGGCCGAUGCACUGCCACAUCGCGAUGCAUGUCGCCGAAGGACUGAUGGCGGCGGUGGCGAUCCACCCGAGGAAGGUGCAGCAGAUGCCGUUUAGUCAAGAGGUGCUCGAUCUGUGCCCCACCUCGCCGGCCGCGCUGAACGUCGUUGAGCCCGCGUGA